AUGAAAAACAAAUCAAUCACUUCACAAACAAACUAUUUAGUCCAGGUGGAGCUCUUGAGAAGAGCCGAGAAUUCGAGGUCCAAAAUACAGCUGCACUGUUGCCUGGAAAAGAUAGAUAAGAGCUCUUGUUAUUCCAGGUAUCAUGAACUGUACCUGAAGUGCAAGGGUAACGUGUUCAAGAACAAGCGUGUGUUGAUGGAACACAUCCACAAAGAGAAGGAGAGGAAGUCCAGAGUGAAGAUGCUCAACGACCAAGCUGAGGCCAGACGAACCCGCGUCAAGGACGCCCGCAAACGCCGUGAGGAGAGGAUCGCACAGAAGCACGCCGAGAUCAUGAAGUCGUACGCCAAGGAAGAGGAGGCAACCAAGAAAUAGACACCAUCUCAAAUUCCUCAAACAAAAAACUCUUGUGUACAUUUUAUAAUUUAAAAAAAUUCCGAAAACAAUGUGUACAAAAGGAAUAAAUGUCCCUCGAAGAGAA